AUGUGUUGGGAGCGGGAAAGAGGAUUCCAGAUCAUGGUGACCACUGACCACCACGUGUCCACGUGUGUGAAGGGCAAUGGCAGCGAGGUUGGAGCCAGAAAACGACACGAACGUGAGCUGAAGUUUCGUGACGUGAGACUACAUUUUACCAAACUUCUUAUUGCCUAUUUAAAGCAGCGCCUAAAACCAGGGCAGGCUCAGUUUAUAGUAAAUUCUGUUUAG